AUGAAGGAAAUCAGGAAAAAAAGAAAAGCAAUCGAAUCUUACAGUACUACAACAACCCAAUGGCCCGCCAAUGCACAAGUUUUGCGAGAGGCUCUGAGAGAGAUGGAUGAGCAGCAAGAGAAGGUGGAGCAAAUUGAGCGAGAUCUUUCUACUGAAAUACCGAUGAGCGAAAUUCACUCUCGUAGGAGGGCAUGGUAUAGGAGAAAGAUCGCAUAUGUAGAUGCAAUACAAGAUUCACUACUGGGACGGAAACGAAAAGCCAAAUCUACCAAAUCUGAGAAGGAAACACGCUUGAAGAAAGCUCAUCAGGCACAUACGGACCUUAUGCUACAACUUUGUGUGAAAGAGAAGAAGAGAUCCAGUACUCAGCAAACUGAAUUUCGAAAUCGUUUGAUAGAUUUCUAUGGAGUGAAACGGCAGGGGCUCGAUGAAGAAGAGAUCUGGUGCGUUGUGAGUCACUCAUGGGGCAAGUCAAGCCAAUUUGUGGCUGCGCAUAUCAUACCAGCAAAAUUGCAAGAUGCUCAAAUGAAACACAUCUUUGGGGAUGAGGCGAGCGACGAGUUGUUCUCCGUCAAGAAUGGUCUAAUGUUAGAAAAGCAGAUCGAAACAUGUUUCGAUAACCUCCAACUAGCGGUUGUCCCGUGCUUAACGGACCCAAGUUCUUGGGAGUUGAGAGUCUUGGACAAACAUCUUCUAAAAACAGUUCACUGGUUUACAAGCACUCGUUUUGAGAAGCUUCACGGAAGAAAGUUAGCGUUUCUGAACGAAAAUCGCCCUCGGAAACGUUAUCUUUACUAUCACUGGCUAGUUUGCAUGUCUGUAGCUGGUCAAAAGAAGAUGAAUAUGCCGAGGAUCAAGGAGGAGAGAGAAAGAUUCACUGAAUGUUGGGGUACUCCUGGACGAUACUUGCGCGAAGAAAUGAUAGCAGCGCUUAUAGGGUACGUUGGGCACAAGAUUCCUACCGAGAAACGUCUCAAACAGGAUAAGAAUGAGGACAGCUGUGAGGAGGACGAAGAGGACGAGGACGAAGAGGAAGAUAGCGACGAGGAUACUGAUGGCAGUGAGGAGGAGGAUAGUGGUGUGGAUGAGGAUAGUAGCGAGAAUUAG